AUGGACUAUGACAUUUUGAAAACGCAGCAAGAAUACCUUAACCAUGCGCUGACAUUUUUCAGUGGACUCAAGGCGUUAGUAGUAGACAGUGUGACAACUUCAAUUGUGAGUCACCUCUUUUCAAUGAUGGAUGUUGCCCAGAAGGAAAUCUACAUCAUCACAAACAUAGCCGAUAAAACACGAGAACCGCUUUAUUAUGCGACCGCAAUGUGUGUUCUUCAUCCGUCAAAGUUCAUCAUAGACAGACUAGUCGAGGAGCUUAAGGUGCCCAAAUACAAACAGUAUUACAUCUUCUUCACGUCCCCUAUCAAUGACGGGAUAGUUGAAACUCUAGCAGAGGCGGAUGUGCACGAAAUUGUUCAAACAGUACAAGAAUUGUAUAUGGAUGUGUGCGCAGUAACGCCUUCCGUAUACUCUCUGAAUACUAGUCCAACCCUCUCCGACCAACUUCUUGUAGACAGAGCCGUUGAUGCACUUAUCUCGACACUCAUCUCGUACAAGGAAUUUCCAAUUAUACGAUAUCAACAACAUACUUCAAAUUUGCCAUAUAACAUUUCACUGAAAAUCCAUCAGAAGAUCCAAGAGUCACUUAAAACACAAGACGGGCUGUUUCCAAUGGAAAACACAUCAACGACUUUACUCAUUCUUCACCGAUCAUUCGACUGCGCAACACCUCUUUUAAUUCAGUGGACAUACCAAGCAAUGAUCAACGAGUUUUUGGGGAUCAACAACAAUCUGAUCGACUUGCCUUCGGGGAAAGUCGAGUUCUCGUACCACAACGAUCCGUUUUAUCAAGAAGUGCAUCAGAUGAUGUUUGCUGAUGUUUCAGAAACGAUCCAAGCGAGGGUGAAUGCGUUUGUCCAGUCGAAAGACGACAAAUUGAAUUUUUCGACGAUGGAGGAUAUGCAGAGGGCAAUCGACUCGAUUCCGGAGUUAACGAAAGAGCGCGAGAAUUUGACGAAACACUCGAAUGUCUUGUCUACAGCAGUCAAAGUGUAUAACUCGAAGAAAGCACUUCAGCUGAGUGCGUUUGAGCAGGAACUUGUUGUGAAUAACACACUCAGCACAUCACUUGCUGAGUUAAACAAAAUUGUGAAUGACAUGCAAAUUCCUUAUGAAGAUCGAUUGAAGGAGGCGGUACUUUUCUCUUAUAGAUUCCCAGCUAAAGCUGAGGAUGUCCGGUCGAUGUUACAACUUCAAAAAUUCAAGCCAGAAGAUAUGGCUCUAGUAAAGACUGUUAUUACUUAUGGAGAGAAGAACCCAUUGCCCGUGUUCUCGGAAGAAAAGGGGUUGAAGAGUUUUGUGAAGAAGAUCGUGAAAGGAUCUGCAGGUAUCGAGAGUGUCUAUACUCAACAUAAACCACUAAUUGAAAAGAUUGCAAUGGGGAUGUUAUAUAAUGAUGAGAAAAUGAAAAAAAUAUUCCCGUCAUUUGGUGACAUCCACAAAAUCACACAGAAUUUAAUCAUAUUCAUCGUCGGGGGUGUCUGCCUCGAAGAGUCCGUGUGUAUGUCACAGAUCAAAAAAACAUAUAAAGACCAAGGAAUGGUCCCUCCAAGAAUUCUUAUUGGAGGAACUGAAGUCUUGAACUCCCAGAAAUUCAUUGCAAUGCUUAGGCAGAAGAAGUGA